UAUUAGGGAAGCUGCAGGAGCUUUAAACAGUUCUUUCCAGUUCCUUUGCUUUUGGCUGCCUUUUUAUGCUUUGCUGUCCCAUUUGGAGCUGGAUAUUAUUUUUAUUGAUAGCAUUUGUGUUUCUUAGGAUAUCAGAAAAAACGUGCUGAAGAUUCGCUAUGAGGCAUGGCUAUUUUUUUAGAAGCUGAUACUUUAGUUUGAGCUGCAAGCAUUGCCUUGGGAAAGGUUUAGGUUGUUCUGGUAGGGGCAGGACUCUGCAGAGAAAACAAAGUUCAAAGAAGCACGAAAUAAGAAGAAACAGAGUAAGAGAAGCAGAGGACCUCCCAUUCUUUAAUUCUUCAUCUCCUCUUAGAGAAAUAUAAGCUAAGCUGCCAGUAUUACUUGACCUUUUUGCAGAGUAUCUCUUACCAUCGCAGUUAUGGCUGAGAUUACAACAGAAGGACAUAUGUCCACCACAACCACAAUAAUAAAUGGCAAGAAUGGAUCCGUUCUCACACCGCCUGUGAAAGUGGCAAAGAAAUCAGUUACAGAAGACAUAGUAACAACAUUCAGUUCACCAGCAGCAUGGCUUCUUGUUGUUGCUCUGAUUGUUACCUGGUCAGCAGUAGCUAUUGUAAUGUUUGACUUGGUGGAUUACAGAACACUUGCAGGAAAAUCUGUUAACAAGCUCAGCAAAGAACCACUGCGAAUCGUUUAUGAGACUAUGGAAGAAUCCACAGAUUGGAUCUAUGGCUUUAUUUCUUUUCUGACUGACAUCAUAUGGAAUGAUGAUGAUGACAGUGAUGAAGGUGAAGUGGAACCGCCAUUGAAAAAAAAAGGUGAAAUCCACCCUCCAACCAAAAAGAAAGAAAUUCAUAGAGACAAGCCUGAAAGAGAAGAAAAACUUGAAAAACGAGUACCAACUAAAGUGACACACAAAGACAAACCUGCAAGACAAGAAAAACCUGAGAAAAAAGAAAAACCUAUAGUUCCUCACAAAGAAAAACCUGAGAAACCAGCAAAACUAGAAAAGCCUGAGAAGCCAGUAAAACUUGAAAAGCCUGAGAAACGAGAAAAACCAGAAAAGCCUGAGAAGCCAGUAAAACUUGAAAAGCCUGAGAAACGAGAAAAACCAGAAAAGCCUGAGAAGCCAGUAAAACUUGAAAAGCCUGAGAAACGAGAAAAACCAGAAAAGCCUGAGAAGCCAGUAAAACUUGAAAAGCCUGAGAAACGAGAAAAGCCUGAGAAACCAGUAAAGCUAGAAAAGCCUGAGAAACGAGAAAAACAAGAAGAACCUGAAAAGAAAGUGCCCCCCAAAGUAACUCAGAAAGACAAACCAGAAAAACCAGAAAAAGUGGAAAGGAAACCUCCUCCUAAAGAGGAGAAGAAGGCAAAGAGCAUCAAAGCUGAAGAAAAAGUUAAAAAGGAAAUGAAAGAUGGAAAACCAGAGCUGAAGAUGCCUGAGAAAGUGAAACGGACUGAAAUAAAAGUACAGGAAGUUGGGUUAAUAGAAGCCAAACCGAAAGUUAAGGAGGAGAAAACAUUUAAGGCUGAAACAAGAUCGGAAAAGAAAGAUCAAUAUGCAUUCUGUCGCUAUGUGAUUGACAUGUUUGCGCAACGGGAUUUUUAUACAGGACCUCGUCUACUUCUAGAACAAAGUCCAAGAAAGAUACCUGCUGUUGUUGGAGAAGAAAAGCCUAUUGUGAUAGCUAAGGAAGUGAAAAAAACUGAAGAAGAAAAGAGAGUAAUACAUGAAAGGAGAGUUAUUCCUGAAACAAAAAAGAAAGGUAUGGAACUGGAAAAUGUAUUAAAGAUGAUCCAGCUCUCAUUUCAAGUCAAUGGCCCAAAAAAUCAUGAAUACAGUGUUGGCAGAUCAAAUCUUAAGUGCAUAAUACCAUAUUGCUAUUCUAUUACAUAG